AUGCCAUCCACCAGAUUCCUCGUCGCAUCAGCUGCGGCCCUCGCCGCCCUGUCCGGUCUGGCCAAUGCCCAAACCAAUAUCACAGACAACGCCUGUGCCUCCUCGUCCGAGUAUAGGAGGUGCAACUCGGACGUCUCGGGCAAAUGGAGCUCGUGUAUUCGUGAUUGCCGCGGUGAUGGCAAUUGCAUCGUUGAUUGUGGUUGUACUUCUCAUCAGAAGUAUAUCAAUUGUAUGGCCGAGACGUGCUGGAACCAGGUCUACUCCUGCGAAUACCAACUCUUCGUCCAGCAAUACUUCGCCAUCUGCCCCAGCGCCUCAGAGCCAAUUCCCUUCUGGCCAGCCCCAGACAACGCACCGAACCGCUGUUCCUGCGAUCUGGGCAAAGUCCUGAAAACGACGCUGUCUUCGCGCAAUGAUCAGGUACAGUGUAUGCGCAAAGUCACUGAUCAGAUUACUUCCAAUCCCACCGAUCUAUCGAAUCUAAGCAAUGGACUCGACAUCGCGGGCCGGGCAUCGGAUUGUGCUUGCUGUGGUGCUAGUGCUAGUAUCUCUGCAGCCUACGAAAUCUGCCCACACACAAAACCAACCCUAGCAGGCGCAGACCUCUGGCCAAUCUUCUUCCCAGACUCCACAGAGAACAACUUGUACAACUCCAUCCCAAAUUGGAACUGGGCCUGGUCAUCCUCAAGCUGCGACUCCCGACUGGACACCAACACGUGCCGGGACCUCGGAUUUAGCGACGCAGACAAGUUCUACAAGCCCGGUGAUUUCCCUGAUAACGGGACGUCCACGCUGCAUAAUGUUGGCGGCACGGUUACCGCCCCGCCUAGUGGGACUGUUCUUACUUGGAGCCAGUCUAGUGCUACUUACACUGUUACUGCUACGGGGUAUGAUGAGAAGGCUGUUGCGAGUCAGAGUGAGUAUCGGGCUACGGCGACUGAGACCGGGGAUCAUUUUGCUACGCAGACGGAUAGUAAUGGGGCUAUUGGGGUGAGGCCUGUGGGUGUCUUCGCGGUUGUUUUUGUUUUGAUGUUAGUUUUGGGGCUGUAA